AUAUAACCAUCCUGAAAACUCCGCCACCCCUUUGAGGUAAGCCUGUGACAAUCUAACCAUCCUGAAAACACCGCCACCCCUUUGAGCACUUCACUGAGCUGUCUUGCUGGGAUUCUUCAGGGACGGCAGUGCCUGCUGGAGACAAGGACCUGUACAACAGUCACGCUUAAGAGACGGUCCGCGUGCAAAGAGCUGGAUAUGCUCUCACUUCAAGAGGAGCCUGAGCUGAGCAGGACUUCAUAAACAAAUCACAAGUGAGAGAGAAAAACCACAUCCAGGGUAAAGUCCCACGCUGAGAACUCUGUUUCAGAGCACUUCCGCCCAACAGACAGCGCCGUAUCGGUACUACAUCUCCAACAAACCUUCAACAGUGAGCAGAGACAAAGCACAUCUGUGGAACACAAGCUCCGAGGACCCUCCAGGACCGGCACAGCGGCACAGCGGCACCUCUCAGACAGCGCUCUGACCAGAGUCCUUACAGUUCCCGCACAUCAUGGGCACAGGCCUGCUGUAAGAUGACGACCCCCAGCAACCGCCAUCAGCUGGUCCUUUCCAACGGCUCGCACCCAGAUGAAUACAAAAUCGCAGCCCUGGUCUUCUACAGCUGCAUCUUCCUGAUUGGAUUAUUUGUUAAUGUCACUGCAUUAUGGGUUUUCAGCUGCACGACCAAGAAAAGAACCACAGUAACCAUCUACAUGAUGAAUGUCGCACUACUGGACUUAAUAUUCAUACUAAGUCUACCCUUUCGGAUGUUUUACUACGCAAAGGGUGAAUGGCCAUUUGGAGAGUACUUCUGCCACAUUCUUGGGGCUCUGGUGGUGUUUUACCCAAGCCUGGCUCUGUGGCUUCUUGCUUUCAUUAGUGCUGACAGAUACAUGGCCAUCGUGCAGCCAAAGUACGCCAAGGAGCUGAGGAACACUUGCAAGGCCGUGCUUGCGUGUGUGGGGGUCUGGAUAAUGACCCUGACAACCACUGUCCCUCUGCUGCUGCUCUAUGAAGACCCCGACAAAGCCUCCUCCCCUGCCACCUGCCUCAAGAUUUCUGACAUUGUCCACUUAAAAGCUGUCAAUGUGCUCAACUUCACUCGGCUCCUGCUUUUCUUCCUGACCCCGUUGUUCAUCAUGAUCGGGUGCUAUGUGGUCAUUAUUCACAGCCUCCUCCAUGGGCAGACGUCUAAGCUGAAGCCUAAGGUGAAGGAGAAGUCCAUCCGGAUCAUCAUCACACUGCUGGUGCAGGUGCUCAUCUGCUUCAUGCCGUUUCACAUCUGUUUCGCCUUCCUGAUGCUGCAGGGGGAGGAGACCAGCUACAGCCCCUGGGGAGCCUUCACCACCUUCCUCAUGAACCUCAGCACAUGUCUCGAUGUUGUCCUCUACUACAUUGUGUCCAAACAAUUCCAGGCUCGAGUCAUUAGUGUCAUGCUGUACCGCAAUUACCUCCGAAGUGUGCGCAGAAAAAGUUUCCGAUCCGGCAGUUUACGGUCACUUAGCAACAUGAACAGUGAAAUGCUAUGAGUCAGAGCAGGCAGCCUGUCUUUACUCUCUUUAAAACUCUUUUUCUAUCUACUCUUGAGUGAACCAGCAUUCUAUAUUAUCCAGUCCCAAAGAAAUAAUAAAAAUAAACUUUAAAACUUC